AUGAAUUACAGAGUCAUAGAGCUACGUGAUAAGGUGUCUGGUUUGUGUAGUGGUUUGAAGGACCGAAUAAAUGACCCGGUUCAUCAGCGAAGAUUAGUUCUGGCUAUAGUGUGCAUUGCCUUGCUGCUUGACGACAUGUUGUACAUGGUUAUCGUCCCUCUUAUACCAGAAUAUCUAGCGGACUUAAGAAGGAACGGAGAAGAGAUGAACACGUACAAUCGGAUUCAACAUUUGAAUUGGACGGCCUUUAAUAUUGCGUAUUCCAACGCCUCUCUUUGGUAUGAAGACUUGACGUAUGCUACCCCUAUGCCCGACGAGAGUCAACUGAGUAUAAGUGUCCUAUUUGCAUCAAAGGCUAUAUUUCAGUUGCUGAUCAAUCCAUUCACAGGAAUGUUUAUAGACCGAGUCGGAUAUUACCUACCUCUGAUCAUAGGAAUGGCUAUCAUGUUUAUGUCAACGACAGUUUUUGCGUUUGGUAAAAGCUUUGCAGUUUUGAUUUUCGCUAGAAGCCUCCAAGGGUUUGGUUCGGCAUUUUCAAAUGCAUCCGGACUCGCUAUGUUAGCAGAUCGUUUUCCCGAAGAAGGUGAAAGAAACAAGGCUUUUGGAAUAGCGCUGGCAUUCACAUCAUUUGGAAGCUUUUUUGCACCGCCGUUUGGAGGUAUUCUGUAUCAAUUUGUUGGAAAUAUAGUUCCUUUUCUGUUGUUAGCAUCAAUUUGUGUUAUAGACGGUUUAUUGGUUCUGUUUGUAAUGAAGCCAGGCAUAAAAAUGCGUAACGUGAUUCCGCCUGAAGACCGACCCAAAGCGACACCAAUAUGGAGACUGCUUAUGGAUCCUUUCAUAUUAGUUGCCGCUGGAGCAUUGACCAUGGCAAACGUACCUCUGGCGUUCCUGGAACCAACGAUUGCGGUCUGGAUGGAUAAGACAAUGAAUUCCGAUAGGUAGGAAGUUGGCUUUGUCUGGUUGCCCGCCUUUAUUUCACAUAUACUCGGAGUGUACGCCACCGUUAAAUUAGCCAAAUUAUAUCCAAAACACCAAUGGUUUAUUACUGCUUGUGGUCUAGCAUUGGAGGGAGCCUCGUGUUUAGUUAUACCAACGGCAAAGGCUUUCUUUGUUGUCUUAAUCCCUAUAGCAACUUUGUGCGUUGGAGUCGCAUGCGUUGACACAGCACUGCUACCGAUUUUAGCCUACCUGGUCGACGUUCGUCACGUCUCUGUUUAUGGCAGCGUCUAUACAGUUGCGGAUAUAUCAUUUCCGUUUGCUUACGCUUUCGGACCAAUCGUCGCGGGUCAAAUUGUUGACAGUAUUGGCUUUUCGUGGUUGAAUAUACUUAUGUUUAUCACCAGCGUUGCGUAUUGUCCUCUUCUUAUAGUUCUGAAAAAGAUAAGUAGAUACAACCUGUUUGAAAAUAAUGAGUGUUACAUUCUCGUGACUGAUCCUCCAAAGCAAAGCUAUAUGACAACUGUUCAGAACGGAGGAUCCUUUGGGGAUGGCACAAAGACCGUCGCUGUCAUCGGGAAAAACCAUCUGGAACUGUUGGCAAUAAACGGGGACCUUUUAUUUGAAAGUGAUAGCUGCCCACCAUAAAACCUGUCCUACAACAAAACGUAUGUGCGACGCAUGGAUGGUGAUUAAUAUGAAUUGACAUAAUCGUGUGUUUAAGGGCAUGGUGUAUAUCGGUCAAAACCUAGUUGAAUGAUACAGGUUUUGUAGCUCAUCACAUAGGGGAA